AUGGAUUAUCUGAUCCCAGUCGGCGUUGCAAUUGUCUUAGGACCGCUCUCUCUCAUCACGAUGAUCCGAGCUACAAUGCCGAAAGCACCAAAAACACCAGAAGCGAUGAAGGAAGUUGUCAUGAACUUUGUCAAGCAAGGUUAUCUUCUGAUCCGCAUGAAUCGCAAACCCAAGCCUGGUGAAUCCAUGCACAACUUCCAAUCAGCAUUGGGGCUCUGUUAUGAGACCUAUGAUCCAGACCGGCUUACAGUAUCGAAAAACUUUCUUUCCUAUCGCUACAAACUAGCGCCAAGUGAUAAGCUGACACCAGGAUUGGGCACUGCGUUGAUGGACGAGGUGACUGCCGGUUUGAUGGGUGCUGCAGGGAAACCAGCGGGAGCUAGUCUUUUCUUUCAAACACAAUGGUAUCCGGAGAACAUCAAGUCCUCAACGUCAGCUGAUGAUGAUGACGAAGAUUAUUUGGACAUCAUCAAUACACUCACCAAAAAUGGUCGUACCAUUUCCCACACAAGAACGGAUAUCAGAUCUUCCGACAAUAAGCUCAUUGGAUACUCGACACAUGUCAAGUACAUGCCGUUUGGUAAUAUUAUGAUGGACACUUUGAUAUCAUACUUUCCGAUGUGGAUGUCACCAUGGGUGUCUGGAAUUAUCAACAAACAACUUCCUCCUCCUUCGCCAACUGCUCAUGAGAACAUUGGAGCCCACAAGGCUGUCGAUUCUGGACUGAAAAUUGUUUCCGACGGAAAGGGCGAGUUCUCAAUGACAGAUGAUCACAAGAAUCCGUUUGGAACGCUCCAUGGAGGCUGCACUGCGAUGAUCAUGGAAAAAGUUGGCGAGUCGUAUGCAAACUCUCUCUUCAAAGACUCUAAGUUUUACUUGGAAUCACUUCAGGUCCAGUUUCUUUCUGCUGGCCGUGGGCAAAAGAUUCUGACCAUUGAAAGUGAGACUAUUGAAUUCACGGAAAAUAAUCAUGCGUUGAUUCGAGUCAAAUUGAUGAAGCCGAAUUCGGGGAAAAAGAAAGGACCAACAGUCUUGGCGGAAGGUACUUUGAGAUAUUUAGUUAAAUAG